AUGCCCCCCCUGCUCUGCAGACACAUGGCUGGAGGUGCCCAUGGGAUCCUGUCGCUGCUGACCGUGGUGUUCGUCCUGCCGGAGGUGUCUGGACUGCAGUGCUAUGGCUGCAACAUCGUGGUUGGCACCAAAAACGUGGACAUGGGGUGCUCCAAGCCUGAGGUGAUCACCUGCUCCCAGAGCCACCAGGGCUUCAAGCACCGGUUCUGCAUUAAAACAGAGAGCGUGGUCCUGGGCAUCCUCCUGGCCAGCGGCUGUGCCACCUCCCGGCACUGCCAGCAGCAGGAGCUGCCGGGGGUGCGCAUCCACUGCUGCGACACCGACCUGUGCAACGCCUCCCCCGGAGCCCCCCGGCCUGGGCCCGGGCCCCUGCUGCUGCCCUGCGUCCUGGCUGCCCUGCUCCUCUCCUGA